AAGCCAUUUAAACCACCGCUGUUGAUCAGAAAGCAGGCCGAUGCUCCCCGACUAGAGCCCAAACCCGCCGCAGAUGCAGAACCUCCCUCCAAGAAGCGACGCAUCUCCUCGAAUGACGACGGUAGCCAGUUCGAUGCUAUCCCUAUAGCUCAGCCAAGGCCACAUAACCCCGUCAACUCAGCCCGAAAGCCAUUGGUUCCGGUCCGCAAUCCUUCGAGCUCGAGCAGCGCUCAAGCAAAGCCGUCUGGAGGGGUAGAGGGAUACUACGUAGUCCUAUGGCGCAAGUUCACAAUGAAGAAGAACAAGACCUGGGACGGCGACGGAGUCCUUGCUGUGUUCAAUGGAUAUGCCUAUCUCCAAGACAUCUCUGGAAGGGAGCUUGGGAAGACCGCCUGUACCUCGCCAUUACUACCAGGCUCUACCCUUUCCGUAGGAGGAAAAGACGUCGAGGUUGACUCUUUGAUAUCGAAGGAAGACUUUCUUGCUGGCAAGCCCUUUUUAGGCAAAGCUUCGAAGGCCCCAGCGCCAGAGCCAGAACCGAAACCACUCGCGAAACCGAAGCUCAAAGUGAAAGAGGAGAAGAUAGCGGCUCGUCAAGUAGAGGUCCUCAAUGUUGCAGCUCCAGCCAGCAAAGCUACCCAAAGCCAUUUCAAGAAUCCUUUGCUCUCCAGUACUGUCAUGGCGCAGCCUGUCAACAAGGAGAUUCCUCUUCCUCGGCAUGAUCCAAGCGCAGAAAACGCCCUCACCAUGAGAAGGCCGACUUUACGUCCCCAGGGCAAGCAGAUUGUGGAUGUGGUGGUUGAUCCUAUUCUCUCCAAGCACCUCCGGGACCAUCAACGUGAGGGUGUACAGUUCCUGUACGAGUGUGUGAUGGGCAUGAGAUCGAACGGCGAAGGGGCCAUACUUGCGGAUGAGAUGGGUCUCGGAAAGACUUUGCAAACCAUCGGGCUACUAUGGACUCUACUCAAGCAGAAUCCAAUCUACGGAGACGGCCCUGUGGUGAAAAAGGCACUCAUUGUGUGUCCCGCUGGACUUCUCAACAACUGGCGGAGAGAGUUUCGGAAGUGGCUCGGAAAUGAGAGAAUUGGAGUCUUCGUUGUUGAAGGGAAGAAUGUUCGCCUAACUGACUUCACUAAAGGAAAAGCAUACAGCGUUAUGAUCAUUGGCUAUGAAAUGCUUCGUAAUGUGCAGGAACAGCUUAAGAAGGGCAGCGGGAUCGAUAUCGUCAUCGCUGAUGAAGGCCAUCGACUCAAGACCGCGAACAACAAGGCAAUGCUGGCAAUACAGUCCCUGAACACAGAACGAAGAAUCAUACUUUCAGGAACGCCAUUGCAGAACGAUUUGAGCGAGUUCUACACGGCUAUCGACUUCGUCAACCCAGGCUUACUAGGAAAGCGGAAUGUGUUCAAAAAGGAGUUUGAGAAUCCGAUUAUGCGAGGCCGGCAACCUGAGGCAACGGCCAAGGAUCAUGAGAAAGGCGAAGCCCGAUGGCAGGAACUCGUCUCAAUUGCGGGCCAAUUCAUGAUACGCCGCACUGCCGAUGUGCUGGCGAAGUAUCUGCCGCCCAAGAGCGAGUAUAUCUUGUUCUGCAAACCGACAGCUGUUCAGUCGACCGUCUACACGAACGUGCUGAAGUCUUCAUUUUUCUCAGCAGCCCUUGGGAAUACUGAAACCGCUCUACAACUCAUCAAUAUCCUGAAGAAGGUCUGCAACAGCCCGACACUCCUCAAGGCUAAGCAUGCCGACGACACUCCUUCAGAGAUGCUGGCUAGUUUCACGGCUGCUAUUGCACCCUCAGUACUCUCAUCAAAUCGGUGCAGCUCCAAAAUUAGGGUCCUCGACGCUUUGCUACAUCGAAUCCAUUCUAAUACCGACGAGAAAGUUGUUAUAGUCUCAAAUUACACGUCCACACUAGAUAUCAUCGGUCGCCUCCUUUCUUCUUUAGAUUAUGCGUUCCUCCGGCUGGAUGGCUCCACUCCCGCCUCGAAACGCCAGGAUCUCGUAGAACGCUUUAGCAGGACUAGUCAAAAGAACUGUUUCGCUUUUUUACUGUCCGCCAAAUCCGGCGGUGUUGGCCUCAAUUUGAUUGGCGCCUCUCGACUCAUUCUAUUCGACUUGGAUUGGAACCCCGCCACCGACCUCCAAGCUAUGGCGAGGAUACACCGCGAUGGGCAGAAGAAACCAUGCAAGAUCUAUCGUCUUCUUGUACAAGGCGCUUUAGACGAAAAGAUAUUCCAGCGACAAGUCACCAAGCAGGGUCUUGCGGACGCUGUCGUCGACAAAAAGGCCAGCACCUCGAGCUUCUCGCACGAGGAGCUAAGGAACUUGUUCAGCUUGGACGAAAAGGACCACUGCCAGACGCACGACCUGAUCGGAUGUACAUGCGAGGGUAAAGGCCAUGAUGCCCCUAUCGUGCCUAUCACUCCCGCAGAAAUAGUCUCAGACACCGAGCCUACAGAUGCGGUUGAUAGCGAUGAGGAACUCCCCGAUCUACCAACUCUGCUCAAAGCGUCUCAGGUCAACAUGGAAGAGCAAGAACAGCGGCUGAAAGAGCAAAGAGAGGCGAGGACCAAGCUGACCGCCGACGGAAAGCCGAAAUUGAGAUCUCUCAUGCAGUACCAGCACCUG